UCAGAGUCCAACCAGCGAACAUCAAAUACUGUCGUUCACCAAGCGAUGGAAGCGCAGUACCAGCAGUUCGAGCCUCCGGAGGGCAGCUCUGUGCGUGUGGUGCAGGCCGCCUCUCCAGGUCUGAAGCGGAUCCUGACCUUCAUCCUGUACGGAGUUCUAGCUCUGCUGCUGCUGACCCUGGUGAUCAUCAUGGGCGUGAAAUUUCCUCAGAUAAACCAGGGCCUGGCAGACGUCAAGACCAGCCUGGAGAGGAUCAGCCAUCAGGUCAUAACAUCUGCCAGCUCAGCUGGGACGGCAUCAGAAGACGUCUUGUUGCAGUCACGAGUCCCGACCAGAGGGAACUGCAGGGAAGGCUGGUGGUCCUUCCAGAAAAGCUGCUACCUGCUGUCCACCAGUGCAGUGACCUGGAGUUCAGCGGAGAGUCAGUGUGUGGCGCUCGGAGGCCAUUUAGUGGUGCUGAACAACGUCGAGGAACUGGACUACCUGUCAGAGAUAUCUGAGCUGAGGUUUAACUACUGGAUCGGGCUGGUGGAGCGAACACACGAGGGCCACUGGAGCUGGGUGGACGGAACUGACUACGCCUCCAUGCGGAAGUUCUGGGACAAAGGUCAGCCGGACGACUGGGAUUACCGGGAGAACGGGGAGGACUGCGGUCAGCUGCACGCCGCCGCCAAGCGCAAACGCCGGCUUUGGAAUGAUGCUGACUGUAAGCUGAGUUACAGAUACAUCUGUGAGGCUCGGGCCUGAGAGGAGCCCGGAGUCAGUAAAGCCAAGCAAAGCA